CUCUCUCUGCUACAUAUUUUAUGUUUACUAAUGAACAAAUACAUGCCGACGACUUUCCGCUCGAUCGCCGCGACAGACUAUCGGAUCAGUAUAGUUUUAAAUGUUCGUAAACAAACGUCGAAUCGUUAUAAGCUCCUUUCGAACUACUUCAGCGAUGGAAGAUCAGAAUAAUAAUUACGUCAAAGAGGCACCCCAGCUUGUCCAGCAUUACAAGAUCAGCAGUGACAACGACCUCUCACCGAUCCCCAAGCAAGUCGACAGAUACUGGAAAAAGAGACGGGUGACCGAGGACGACUACAGCGACGACGACGACGAAGACGACCAAAAGAAGGAGGAGGCGACGGAUGUGUACACGUCGAGCAUGGCCGUGCUCCUGAUGAAGUCGAGCGAGGAGUCCAACAACAGGCGGCUCAGGGAGGUCAAGCAGUGCUGGCGUCUGCGCUGCGAGUCCUUCGACAGCGACGACACGGACGUGGCCACUGAUCAGCCCGAGGAGUUGCGCGACCUCGACAUGGGCGACGAGGACGAGGCCGAUCUGCUCGACGCCACCCUGGCCUCGGAGUUCCUCGCCGAGAUCAACAACGAGCACGAUUAUUACGGGGCGGAUAAGGGCCUGCUCAUACUGACCUCCACGGCCUCGCAGGAGAGCCAACAGAUGGAGGCGAUGGAGCUGCAGUCGGACGACUCGUCCACGGUUUCGAGCGUGUUCGAGAGCUCCGAGGGCCGUGGCGGCAGCGCCGGUGGCUCGCUCUACUCCACCGACGAGGAAGAUCACUACGACUCCAAGAUGGACAUCUCUCCGGAGCCAAACUCACCGAGGACCUACGUCAGCUCCUUCGAGAUAAUCAUGCCGGAUUAUCCGAUGGACCACCAGGAAGCCCAGAUAAGACCGAUGGAGAAUACCUAAUCGUUACCCUCCUCCUCCCUUGUGGCAUCGUUAUUACAAUUGUUUAUAUAUUUUUAUCGAAACUCGCUCCGUCUUUCUCAGUAGAAUACCAAAAAUUUUUUUUAUAUAAUAUCAAUGUUAAUUAAUGGAUAACGAGAAUGUUAGAUUAUAAGCUAAGUAUAGAUUUUAUAUUUUUUUAUAUAAAUUAUAAUUAAUGAAAUUUC